GUGCAGCAGGGUGGGAGGGUUGGAGAGAGAGAGAGAGAGAGAGAGAGAGAUAGGGGGGGGGAGAGGAUAGGCGGAUGGGUGCUGUGAAAUCCGUUAACAGGGGAGCUCUGUGCAUUUGUUAGACGUCUUGGCUGCUUGCCCAACUUGGCUCAUUGUAAUCGAGGCAUGAUCGUCGACUCCAGGCAGCCCUCUCUGCCGCCUCGGCUGCCUCGCGCCUGGACCCAGCCCAGCUCUCACCGCUGACAUGGAAAGACCCACUCCCAGUGACAUGAUGCCCAAGAGGGAUCAUGAGAGGGACCUGGAACUGGACAAGAAGAUCCAGGCUCUCCGCAGGAAGAAUGAAGCGCUCAUGAAGAGGCACAAGGAGGUGGAGGAGGACAGAAAAAGGGCAGAAGAGGAAGGUAUGUCACUGCAGAACCGCAAGGGCAAAGCUGAGGAUCUCACCAUCACAAUCAGCAAGUCCACCAGUGAUAGUCGCGUGGUGGUGACGAAGCCAUUCAGCGGCGGUUCACCAGCUGGGAAAGGACAGCAGGAGGCCGGGCCGGACAAGGGGGGGGAAGGCCCUCCGCAGGGUGCCGGCCGAGGCCACAGGAAGCAGCUGAUGGUCACCAUGGCUGGCAAGAAGGGUAAGCGGGUGGUGAGCGAGAGGCCAGAGAAGAGGCCGGGCCCUGCGGACGUCAAGAGCCCUACAGAUGACGGACAGGCGAGGUGUUUGGAGUCAGCGGGGAGGGGGAAGCAGCCACCUCACAUGACAAAGAGAGACACAGCAGCACAGGAUGGGGUUAAACAAGGGCAGAAGCACACCGAGGAUCACAGGCUUUCAGAGCAAUGCCAGGAGCCUGAAAGCCUGCAGGCCUUUACAGACCUCAACAUCCCCACGUCGAAAGAGGAGCAGGAGGAGUACGUGCGGUGGAAGAAAGAGCGCGAGCAGAUCGACAGGGAGAGAGUGGCACGCCACAAAAACGCAAAGGGCCAGUGGAGACGGGCGUGGGACGUGGACAAAACUGAGAACAUGUUCUCAGACAAAUCCGUCCCUGACAGAGACUGGGGGCCUUCCAGCAGAGGUGGACGAAAUGCUAGAAGAGGACAGUCCAGGGCAGGUCACGAGAAGCGAGGCAAAGACAAGGGAGCUAAAAAUGUACUAGUGAUGAGCAGUAAAGCAAAAGGCAUAGAUCGUCUGACUGGGAGAGCCAGGAGAUGGCAGGCAAAUGAAGACGGAGAGAACUUAGAGUCUCCUGACACGACAUUAGAGGAUUUCUUGGAGGAACUCGACGGCUUCACGGAUGGAGAAGAUCAGAAAGAUGAGGACUCGAAAAAGAAGCUGUCGCCCAGCCCAGAUUCACUCAGUGCAUCUGAGGAAGGUAGCGGAUCCAUGGCUACACUGAGAGAUGACGCACCCCCCACUCAGGGGACGGCAGAGGACUCGUCGCCUCGGGGUUCGGAGAAGAAAGUACGCUUCUCAGAGGAGCUCCUCCAGGGCCAUCACACAAAGCAAACCACAGGCUCUCAGGACUCCGAAUCAAGAAGUGCGACAUCCUCAAAAGCUUCCUCACCUAAAAAAAACCAACACAAAGUGCAGGGGCCACAGCAGCCUCUUGAAAGUGCCAAGCAGGACGACGGUGGUCCUCAGGAUGAGGGAGGUGGUCCGUCUGCUCCUCCUGUUGCCCAGCAGCAGGCGCCUGAAACUGAAUGUAGUAAAAAAGACAGCGCCCUCCCCACAGCUCCCAGCACCUCCUCGGUUGAAAAAGCCUGUGCCUCUCUACAGGAGAGCUCUGUCCAGCCUGUAGAGCUUGCCAAGUGCAACAUCAGCAACACAAACACAGAGGAACUAAUAGACGCCGGCCUGUCUGUCCUGAGCCUGGAGUCAGGAGAAACACGCCCGACACACUCCACCAGCAGCGACAAGGCAAGAGAGCAUGGGAAGAUUGUUUGACAUUUUCGGGAUGUAAAUACUGAAACCAAAUCACAGCGACAUAGAGCCUUUGCCUCUUUGUAUUUGCAUUUUUUGCUUCAGGUAACUCAUUUGAGAUGCCCUGUUUAUGGCUUACACUCGAAACCAUGGUUUAAUUUUGCUGUGGUGUGGUUCUACCUGUGGAAGUUUUUGUCUAAAAUUUGAUGACGGAAUGGUGAACGUUUUUUCCUGCUCAAAUACUUUUUACAUCCAAGCACUUUAUUAUGAGUAUAAAAGUACGUGUACUGACACAUUAUUCAGCAUGUUAGUACGCUGCUUGAGUGCAAUAUCAUUGAAUGUUUACAUUUGUAUGAGAAUUUCAAGGUACAUAUCAGGAGGCUAGCUAAUCAGUUACACUUAGAUAGCCCUUGAAGAUAAAGUCCAGCCACCGUCAAAUUAUCUAGUGCCUGAUUCUGCCUUUGAGGUAUUUUCAAUAAGUGAAUUAAAGUCUGUAUUAUAUGAUGAUACAGCAGUGACAGACCUACAGUAGAGACUGAAUUUCUGCACUCAAAACUGUGUGAGUAGAUGUUGUUUAUUAACUGCUUCCAGCAUCAAUCAAUGGCCUUUCACCAAUCAGAAAUCAAUACUCUAUUAAAGGGCACAUUUGAGACUUAUUGUCGUAUUGGCCACUGACCAAGACAUUGUUAAGUUUCUAGGAUAUUACUACUGACAUAAAUGUUUUUUUGUUAUUACGAACAUUUAAAGGGGCACUCCGCUGAUUUUACACAUCAAGCUCGGUUCACUCCUCAUGGUCCGUGCUACUCACCUUGUUAAAAAGGUCGUAUAAUGUCUUCUGUGGCUCUGGAGGAGCUCUAUCCAGUCUGACAAAAUAACCCUGAUGAUGUCAUAGUGAUGUCAUCAAGGUUAUCUCAAUUUGGAAAUCACAGAUUUAACAGAAAGCCUACGUUAAAAAACUGGGGGUGUGGUGUUUGCUAGGCAGAGAUGAUCUAAAGCUGCGUUCAUUUUACCUCGGAAAUCGGAAGUCGGAGCUGGGAAUGACGUCACACCCGAGUUGACCACAUUCCUGUACGACAAGUCGGUAAAACUUAAUUUGGUUUCCUUCAGCCAGGUUAGCCAUUACUAGCAAUAACAGUGACGCACUACACCGAUAUUUUGCUCACACAAAUACCGUAGCAACAUAUAGAAGUUGGACAGUACUUCAGACAGAAGUGCUAAUAAACUGUAUUUUGCUACAGCUUUUUACUGUUGAUGCACGGAGCAGUCGGGGCUGGUGAGGUUCGUCCGACUUUCUGAGUUGGAAAUCCGACUUCAGGGGGCGUCCCGGUUGAAAUUUCUGACUGGGAACUUGGAAAUUCUGAUUUCCCAGUUCAAAUGGAACGCAGCAUAACAAAGAAGUCCUAUCAAGUUGGAUUAUGGGAAAUGUAGUAUCUAGGGUUUUUGGAGCUCGACCCAUGCUAGGGACUGAAAGACAGGAUAUCUCGGCCUCUGCUACAUAGAAACAGACUAUUCUUCUUUUAAUGUGUCUCCAAAGUCCACAAACUUUAUAUAAAUACAGAUCUAAAUCUCUGGAGUACCCCUUUAAUGUUAAGCUAAUAGUCAGCUACUGUCAAAAUCCAUAUUGCUGGCAUCAAAAUAAUGUGGUUUGACGAAUAAUCAAUGACACUGUGGAGAUAGAAUCUCAAACUUGCCCUUUAACACAUUGUUGUUCCAUAAAGUUGGCACAGUUUUACAGCUGAAUCCCAAUUAUCUGGUCUUCCUCAGACUCUUAUUAUAUGUUUCUAGGCACUUAAUAUGGAAUUGUAAUAUAUGUCUGUAAUUUUACAAAUUUGAACAAUGAAUAGCAAAGACUUUAAAGUCAACGUUUUGUGAAUCAAAAAUAAUUUGAGAAUUACAACAUUAUUUUCUUUAAUAGUUUGCUCAUGCUGUUUUUAAACAACCAGUGUUAAGCGUCCCAGUACGUAACAGCCUCCAACCAUUUUCUCUGUUGAGGCUUUUGGCCCCUGUGGGACCGACAGACUUCAAGACAGUCAAAACACUGGGAUUCAGCUGCAAUUCCCUUUUUGCAUUGUAUUGUAAUUUCUUCUCUUUUAUAAUAAUGAAAGACGGCUGAUAUUUUUGAAAAGCUUCAAGAAUUUAGCCAGUUGUUGUGCCUUGCAUAUUGGCUUCUUCAAAUAUUGAAGGUAUACCUUUAUUUCAUGGCUUGAACCAUAGCAUACACUAGUGUUACAUGUACUGUACUAACAGUUUAUUUAUUUGCCUCUCCAUUUGGACAACAGAAUGUUAACCAGAAUGAUUUUACACAUCUAAAACUGUUUUAAAACAAUGUCUCUGUGCAUUAUAGUAGCUGUUUUUUUUUUUUUCUCUGUGACAUGUAUGGUUUUUAUUUAUUGCCAGUUUAUGAUUUUAUUUUUGGUAUCAAGUGACAACCAUAACAAGAAGCCUUACAAGAACUCUGUCCUCCUUUUUUUGGCUUUUUGUCAAUGCAACAGUAGUAAACAGUUAUGUAAGCAAGUAGAGAACAUAGUGGACAUGCUGUGAGCUGCGGGGCCCUGUCAGCUUCAAUUGUGGUUACAUAAAAUACAAAUCAUCAGGAGCCUAGCACACAGGGAAAACAAAGUCACAAGCUUUGAGGCCAGUCUAGCCAUCAAGAAAAAAAGUGUGCUGUUUCUGAAUAGGGGCCUUAUUCUAUAUUAUAUAUGGAAUUUGAAUGGAUGGUAACAGAAACAUCUGUUUGAAAAACAGGUCGUACAGAUUACCUCUGAAAUAUUUGAAAUUCCCUGUGGGAUUUAAUUUAGUCAAAUGAAAUUUAGGACCUACAACCAUAGAGCAGUUGUGCAUUUGUCCUUGUUUAGCAUUUAGUUGUUAGACAUCUGUCACCUUGCUUAAAUGUCACAUUUAGGAGGUGGUUGUGAUUGUCUUGCUCCACCUUGCUGUGUCCACUGCUGUCCUCCAUGUUUUCACACACACUCAUAAGGAAGGAAUAAUUGUGAGUGCCUGUGUAUGAGUGUGUGUUUGUGUGUGUGUGUGUGUCAAGGUGUGAUCCCUGCUAAUUUAAAUCUGUGUGCAACAUAGCUUACUGUAGAUCAGUUUGGAAGAAGGCAUACAGAACAUCAAUAAAGUUUUUCUGUAUUUCAAAACACUCAAA